AUGGCUCAACAGUCUACACCCUCUCCAUCAAGAGCCGACAGUUAUGUCCACGCAUACCUUAAUCUCUCUCAAAUAACCCUCGAUGUUGUAGAAAGACUUGACGAGCGAAUCCCAUCCGGAAAAACAACCAUGACCGUCGAUAUCAUGGAUGCCUUUCCUAGCACCAAAUCCUUUGUGAAGCUCGUUCAGUUCGAGAACAACCAGGGAAUCGCCGAAACAGCAGUGCUCAAGCUUUAUGACCGGACUUGCCCUGGGCGCAUUCGUAAAUUCAUAGACCCUUCGAUGUCAGCGGAACAGGCAUUUCUGAGAUUUGUGCGGACUGGGGAAAUGCGCGAACUUGUCCCAGAAAUGGAGAUCACCUGGAAAAACACCCUCAAUACACAGGGAGCGGUUGAUUACUUCGAAUACGAGCCUCAGCAGGCAGUAAAGUAUUUUACCAUGUCCAAAUUCGAAGCUCAUGUCUGGUACGAAUUCUACCAUCGCCACAAAACUGAGUUAAGGGCGUACAAGCAGCUCAAUAGUAUGCAAGGCAGAGAGAUACCGCGUCUUUACGCAAAUGUGCGAAUUCCAUUAUCCGUUGUGCACCCAGGUACAGGGAAGGCAACCCCGGAUGAGGAAGAAUUCCUAUGCGUUCCUGGCCUUCUUCUACAAUACUCCGCUUGCAACAAACUCAACGACCUUAAAUUACCCUGGCAGAACCCUACUGCAUCCGAGCAGGCGUACCGCGACUGGUCGGCCCUAACUGAACGAGCCGUCAAUGCCAUGGAUCAGAUCAACGAGUUCGGCGUUGUUCUCAAAAACUAUAGCAACAAUGUUAUGUUCAAGAACGCGAAUGGCGUCCUAGAGCCAUAUAUCAUCGAUUUCGCUCAGGCGGCGUUGAAAGAGGACUUGGUCGACUAUUUGAUCAGGGAAAGGAACAUGGAGGCUACAGACUUUCCCCCUCGGCAGAGGGAAAUCAUGUAUUGGAAUAGGGCCAGGGAUUACGGUAACCCUGCAUCGGUUGAUCAAGCCUUCAGUGACCAUGACGGUUUGCACAUACCAUGCCAGCUUCCUGAUUAUGAGGCGAGAAUCAAGGAAAUCAGGCAGCAGGGACAGAGCGGGAAGUCCCAAAGCAGCCAGACUCAAGGCGACUGA